UAAAAUUAGUACAAAAAUACGCCUAAGCGAGCCAAGGGGGAGAGAAAUAAAAUAUCGUUCACAUCCCUUUCGGCCUCUGCAAAAAAGGUUGUGUGGAUUCAUUCCCAUUGCUCACUGGUCCCCUCUCUCCGGCAGACCCAAACGGCAAGUUUCUCAUAAGGAGCAUGUCCUACCAGGCGGUGGACGGAGUCGAUUACAUGGCGGAUGAGCAGGAAAUGGAAGAUUUUGGAAAUGAGUUUGCAGACGAAAACUAUGUUAGAGAUGGAGAAUUGGGUCUUGAUGAGUAUAACAUGCUUACGAGGGUGACUGAUACCUCGGCAGCCCAAGCCAGGCAGGGAAAGGAUAUUCAAGGUAUUCCAUGGGACAGGCUGAGCAUAACGAGGGAUAAAUACAGACUGACUAGGCUCGAAGAGUACAGGAAUUAUGAGAAUGUCCCUUUAUCUGGGGAGACCAUGGACAAGGAGUGCAAGCCAGUGGAGAAAGGUGGUAACUACUAUCAAUUUUUCCACAACACAAGAUUAGUCCAGCCUACAAUCCUUCAUUUUCAGCUAAGGAACCUGAUUUGGGCUUCUUCGAAACAUGAUGUCUAUCUAAUGUCCAACUAUCUAGUUAUGCACUGGUCAUCAUUAAGUGGCAAUUUGUCCGAGAUCCUCAAUUUUUCAGGGCAUGUAGCACCUUCUGAGAAACACCAAGGAAGUUUAUUGGAAGGUUUUACACAGACUCAAAUUAGCACACUGGCAGUCAAGGAUAAUUUCUUGGUUGCAGGUGGUUUCCAAGGAGAGCUUACUUGUAAGCGUUUGGAUAAACCAGGAGUUAGUUUCUGUACCCGGACCACCUAUGAUGAUAAUGCCAUCACAAAUGCUAUCGAAAUAUAUGAAAGCUUGAGGGGUGGAAUUCAUUUCAUGGCCUCCAAUAAUGAUUGUGGUGUAAGAGAAUAUGACAUGGAGAAAUUUCAGCUUUUGAAUCACUUCCGUUUCCCUUGGCCGGUGAAUCAUACAUCAAUGAGUCCAGACCGUAGGCUUAUUACUGUUGUUGGAGAUCACACAGAGGGAUUGCUAGUUGAUUCAAACAGUGGAAAGACUGUUGCCACAGUGGUUGGUCAUCUGGAUUACUCUUUUGCUUCUGCAUGGCACCCUGAUGGACGAACAUUUGCCACGGGGAAUCAGGACAAGACUUGCCGAGUAUGGGAUGUAAGAAAGCUAUCAUCGCCAACUGCUAUUCUGAAGGGUAAUUUGGGUGCCGUCCGAUCAAUUCGCUUUUCCUCAGACGGUCAGUUCGUGGUGGUGGCUGAACCUGCAGAUUUUGUUCAUGUGUAUAGUACAAAGUCGGAUUACAAAAAGCGGCAAGAGAUUGAUUUCUUUGGUGAGAUCUCUGGGGUAUCCCUGAGCCCCGAUGAUGAAUCUCUGUAUAUAGGAAUAUGGGACCGGACAUAUGCAAGCUUGCUACAGUAUAACAGAAGGCAUACAUAUGGUUAUCUUGAUUCCUUCUUGUGAGUUGUGAUCGAUUGAUCCAAUGGAUGGCCAUCAACAACGGUACUGCAUAGUUGUUGGAGGAAGAAAAGAAACCAAAAAAACAGAGGGUACUGAAAUUUUACCUUCUACUCCAGAAAUUUCUCUGUUCCAUCUAGGUCAACCUGAACAAUCAAAAUGGACAGAAGAAUAAGCUAGCUAUUUCUGGCUACAAGUUCACUCAGUGUGUGUAUAGUGCUGGUUCUUUACUUGCAAGCAAUGCCCCUCUGAUUUAUCUCUCUCUCUCUCUCUCUCUCUCCCUCUCUCUCUCUCUCUCCCCCAUCUUGAGUAAGCUGUGGUGCCUUGUGAUCUUUAAGGUUUUAUUGGUGUCAUGUACAUACAGUUGUUUUGGAAUGGAAUUAGAUGUAGUCGACGGCUCUCAUUGGAUUGAGGGAACAUUUUCUACAUAAUUAAUCCCUACUUAUAAACCUC